CGUUAAACUCAAUCCGCUCGCCAUGUACUCUGCUUCCGCACAAAAAGCCAAGAGACGCACGCACACGCGUCCAGAACUUACCGACGAACAAAAACAAGAGAUAAAGGAGGCUUUCGAACUAUUCGACACGGACAAGGAUGGCUCACUGGACUAUCACGAGCUCAAGGUCGCGAUGCGUGCCCUCGGCUUCGACAUGAAGAAAGCAGAGGUAUUGAAGAUAUUACGAGACCAUGACAAGAGCGGCCAUGGUCUAAUCGACUUUGAGGACUUUGCAAAAAUCAUGAGCGAACGGAUCCUUGCGCGAGAUCCGAUGGAUGAGAUCCGCCGAGCUUUUCAAUUAUUCGAUGAUGAUAACACAGGAAAGAUCAGUCUACGGAAUCUUCGACGUGUUGCAAAGGAAAUUGGUGACCGAUUGGAAGAUGAUGAAUUGCAAGCAAUGAUAGAUGAAUUUGACCUCGACCAGGAUGGAGAGAUCAACGAGCAAGAGUUUUUUGCCAUCAUGACAGAUGAUGCAUAGCUCUCUUCCCUGAUGGUAUCAUCUCUUCCUAUUUUCUCGAGUUGCAUACCGUUAUACCGUCUCUCGCUGGUUAUUAUCUAUUAACUCCCAAUUGUUUAGUAAUAUAUUGUGAUCGUUCUCCGUACGGAACAUCCACAAAAUUUAUCCUCUGUGCUAUGUUCAUUAGAAUCCCUCGUGUAAUUGUACAGCCGCCGCUUGAUAUGUGAUGCGCCGCUGAGUGACGUCUAUUCUAUGAAUCCGGCCGCUGCCCACCGCGAAUCACGAUCGGGAGCCGUAAAGUCUUUAGGGAAGCCAAGGAGAAGCUAACAGGCUGCCGGACCGCACAGCUUCA